GCAGUGUGAGCAGCUGAUGUAACAUCAAGCUUGAGCUGCAGCAAGAACCAGCUUCGUCCCAUCUCUACGAAUUAAGCUACCAUAAUUCCCCUGGUGCUGAGGGGCUGUGCCACUGCCGCUACUUUCUAACCGGUUCUCAUCUCACUGUCCUCAUCCUACUCCUUUUCAUUGUCGGGCGGUAGUCUCUCAGCCCUGCUGCUGUCGCAAAUAUAGCAACUGGCUGACCAUCGAGUCAAUCAUAUUCGGCCAUUAUCUCACCACUGCAAGCCCUAGCUUCAGCCCUGGCUUCAGCCCCUCAAGUGCCGUGUCCUAUGGCUCUAGAUAACCACGGCAGCCACUGUACUGACCGGAACUCGGCAGGGGUUGCAACGCGUGUUGAAGAUCCCACUUACCCAACCUUGCCUUGAUGUAUUGAAUCCUUGAAGCCAAUCCAUCCACUCAUGUUUCUGACCAUUGGAUACAUCAUCAAUUACCGGCUUCUCUUUUCUCUGUAGUGCAGCACAAAAGGCCACAGCCAGAAGUUCUUCCCUGGCGAGAAGAAGAUCUACAUCCCUACCCCCUCGUGGGCUACCAAACCAUCUACAAACAGCAACCGCUGAAAACCUCGGGUGGUAGUGUAACGUAACGUUGCGCGCACUUCAAGGUUGUCUGUCAUACCCUUCCUCACCUCACUCUCCUGCAGCUCCAGGUACUGUAGGUCCUGGACGGAUGCCAACAUCGAGCUAUUGGAUUGGCAGUGCAGUGCCUGCAGCUGUAUGUCGAAAACAAGCUCGACGCAAUCCCAUCAAAUCAGCCUCUGUCGGGAGAUAAAUAAUUCAACCCGGCCCAGCCAUUCCAGCUCCAGCUCCAGCCAGGCUAGGGAUCACCACUCACUACCUAUUUACGAGACGAGGCGGAGCUGGAGGAUCAUCGCCAGUCUUAUUAAACGGGGCCUGGCGCUUAAAAUCCUCCGUCCUAUUCAUAUCCACCCAAAAUCACCCAUCCCUUUAUACAGUACAUAAGCACUUAUCAUCUCACCCAAUUCACAUUUUUACUCUGUCCCUCUCAUUUCUCAUUCUCAUCGUAAAACAUCGGCGGUAUGUGGUCCAAGGCCAAGGCUCUCCUGGCCAUCGCCGCCUUCGCCCUCACUCCCGUCGACGCCAUAUGGCCAGUGCCCAAGAAGAUCUCAACGGGAGACAAGGUGCUCUUCAUCGAUCAAAGCCUCGAUAUCACCUAUAAUGGAGACUUUGUAUGCUGGAAACCCCCUGGUUCUGUUUUUGAUUCCUGUAACCACUCCGCGCAACUUGAUACUGAGACAUUGCUUGAAAAACAGAUGCCCUACACUUAUAAGUUCCAGCCUGAUGCCGGUUCCAAGUUCAACAGCAAGCAGAUCGUUCAGGCCGGUGUCUCACGUGCUCUUCAGGCCAUAUUCAAUGACAACUUUGUGCCAUGGAAGCUUCGUGAGCGCAACUCGGAUUUUGAGCCGGAUCUGCAGAAGAAGCAGUGGGUGAAGUCACUUAAGAUUGUCCAAACCGAGGAGGAUGACAAGAGCACUUUCAAGCCUCUCGCUGGCGAGGUUGAUGAGUCGUAUUCACUCACACUUUCUGAAAAGGGUGAGGCCUCUAUCAAGGCCAAGUCAUCCACGGGUAUCCUGCACGGACUCGAGACAUUCCUGCAGCUCUUCUUCAAACACAGCUCUGGUACUUCAUGGUACACGCCACACGCGCCUGUCACCAUCCAGGAUGCGCCUGAGUAUCCCCAUCGCGGUAUUCUGCUUGACGUUGCCCGUAGUUUCUUCGAGGUUGAACACAUUAAGCGCACCAUCGAUGCCAUGUCCUGGAGCAAGCUGAAUCGUCUUCACCUUCACAUAACUGACUCGCAGUCUUGGCCUCUUGAAAUUCCUGCUCUGCCCAAGCUGGCAGAGAAGGGAGCAUACCGCAAAGGCCUCACCUACUCUCCCGAGGACCUGGCCGGAAUUUACGAGUAUGGUGUCCACCGUGGAGUCGAGGUAAUCAUGGAGAUUGACAUGCCUGGCCACAUCGGUGUGGUUGAGCUUGCGUACAAGGAUCUCAUUGUCGCAUAUAACGAGAAGCCAUAUCAGUGGUGGUGUAAGGAACCACCCUGUGGCGCGUUCCGGAUGAACAGCACCGACGUAUAUGACUUCCUCGACACCUUGUUCGAGGACCUCUUCCCUCGCAUCUCCCCAUACAGCGCAUACUUCCACGCUGGCGGAGAUGAGCUCAACCACAACGACUCCAUGCUCGACCCGGGUGUGCGCUCCAACAAGACUGAAGUCCUGGCACCUCUCCUGCAGAAGUUUGUCGACUACACUCACGGCAAGAUUCGUGACGCUGGGUUGACUCCGUUCGUUUGGGAGGAGAUGAUUACUGAGUGGAACAUGACACUCGGCAAGGAUGUCGUGAUUCAGUCGUGGCUCGGCAACGGCGCUGUCAAGGCCAUGGCUGAGGCUGGUCACAAGGUCAUUGACAGCGAUUAUAACUUCUGGUACCUCGAUUGUGGUCGUGGACAAUGGCUCAACUUUGACAACGGCGAAGCUUUCAAGACCUACUACCCCUUCAACGACUGGUGCGGUCCCACCAAGAGCUGGCGCCUCAUCUACUCACACGACCCUCGUGCCGGUCUGUCUGAGGAGGCUGCCAAGCUUGUCCUUGGCGGUGAGGCGGCCGUAUGGACAGAAACCAUCGACAGCGUCAACCUUGACACUAUCGUCUGGCCCCGCGCCGCUGUUAUGGGCGAGGUUCUCUGGUCAGGCCGAACUGACGCCUCAGGCCAGAACAGAUCGCAGUACGACGCUGCACCUCGACUGGCUGAGCUGCGCGAGCGCAUGGUGGCUCGUGGUGUAAGUGCCUCGCCAAUCCAGAUGCCUUUCUGCACACAGGGCAAUGCUACCGAGUGCGCACAGUUCGAUGGAUAAGGAAGCGGGCGAUGCUAUUCAUGAAUUUCCUUGUACAUAGUUUGAUGAAACAGCAAUCAACAGAAUCUUGCCCUCUUGCUCAGUAGUUCGCUUACGCUGAAUCCUGAAACGGAGCCGGAAGGAAUGCGGGGCCGAAGUCUCGGGCACGGUGAGCGGAGCAUGCCGGCUCCGAAAGAAGGCUCUGUGGGGCAUGAAGUUGGAAGAUGAAGUCGAAGCGGACGCGACUGUUACUCCGCAUAAUCCGCUCUUCAUUUAUCGGUUCACCGCGGGCACCGUAUGGGUUGCAUACUGACACCUUGAGACAUCUACGCUAAGUCUUGAUCGUCACUAGACCCGUAAACCUCGGCAUGUGAAGAAAUCCGGGGAAACUUAGGGGAAUAGAUGAUUGGCUGAGGAAAGACAACCAAUGACCUGACAUGCAUGAUGGGUUAGCAAUCGCACUCGUGAGCGUUCAUUCGUCGGACCGGUUCUCUUUGUGCUGAACUAAAAAUCUGGGCUGGUGCUUCGUGAGGUUGAAUGCGGAUGUGGAUAUGGGCUUGUGCUCUGUAGAUCAAGUUGCCGAAUCGGGUAUCCUGAUCGUUAAGUUCAUCCCCGCCGGUGUUAGAACCGAGAAUGGUUUUCCACUCCGACCUCGCGUUUUAUUUAGCUUUAAGAACGAAAGUAAAUUU